GCCUCAGCAGGAGGUAGGGGAGGGAAGAGGAGGGCCAUGUGCCAGAGAGCCCCUUUCCUCCCAGCCUCCAGCCAGAUGAUGUGUGUUUCUGUGGAGUGUUAGUGAAGGAGCUCUCCGCCUGCCUGUGAACAGAACAGUAUUCAGCAGUAAUUAGCAGGUGCUGUGAGAAGCCUCUCUGUUCCUACUGGACAUCAGGAGCUGCCAGGCCUCUCCAGAACCUCUCCAGCAGCCAGAGAAGAGGUCUUGAGGGUCAACGGAGCGAGGAAAGAGAGGGGCGGGUAAACCAUGGACCUGUGUGCCUCCACUCUCGAGCUGCUGGGGAUGGUAGUGUACAUGGCAGCCUGGCUGUGUGCUCUGGCCACCACCCUGAUGCCACAGUGGCUGACCCUGUCCACAGACCUCUUGCUCACAGAGAGCUAUGAGCUGGGUCUCUGGGAGACCUGCGUGGUCCAGGACAUGGGGGGGAUGGAGUGUCGACCCUACGACAGCCUGCUGGGCCUGCCUCAAGACAUCAAGGUGGCCCGUGUCUUCAUGUGUAUCUCCCUGGCUGUGGGCCUGCUGGGCCUGCUGCUGGCUAUCCCUGGUCUUCACCUGGUCAACAGCUUCAGCCAGGGGCUGGAGGGCUGCAGGGCCAAGAGGAUUAUGAAGGUGGCAGGAGGGGUGCUGGGGAUGGUAGCUGGGGUGCUUUCUCUGGUCCCUGUUUCCUAUGUCGCCCACUUGACGGUAAUGCGUUAUUUUGAUGAGUCGGUGCCGGAGGUGGUGCCGCGCUGGGAGUUUGGUGAUGCCCUGUUCUGCGGCUGGGUGGGGGGGUUCCUCCUGCUGGUGGCUGGAUUACUCCUGUUUGCAUCCUGUCUGGGGCCUCUGGCAGACCAUUCCAGGGGACCCCAGGCAGACGGAGCACCCCAGGCACAAUCACCGAAGAGAUACGAGGUCCGGAGUACAGAUCAUUCCUCCAGGAAACCUCCAGAGUAUGUCUGAGGCGAGGGGAGGGGAGAAGAGAGGAGAGGCGAUACGAGGUCCAGAGUAUGGAUCAUUCCUCCAGGAAAUCUCGAGAGUAUGUCUGAGGCGAGGGGAUGGGAGGUUUACUGGAGGAAUGAUCCAUACUCCGAACCUCGUAUCUCUUCUCUGAGGCUAGGGGAGGUGGAAGGAAGGAGAGGGGAGGGGAGGUGGAAGGAAGGAGAGGGGAGGGGUAUUCUAUUCUGGAAGGUUUAUGGAUGGUUCUGCCUCUCUUGAAAAUAGUUAAACAGCCUAAGAACCAGCCCUGGCACUCUGGCUGACUGCUUUUUAUGUCAAACCCAUAGGGAAUACCUGGAGCAACUUUCACAAUACAUUUUUUUAAUGUCAGAUUCAGAGGAAAUUGUUUGGAUGUAAACCUGCUACAUCUACACCCCAUCCUCCCCGACUCUAAAAAACCUGCUCCAGCCUCACCCCAUCCUCGCUGACUCUAUAAACCCUGCUCUAGCCUCACCCCAUCCUCCCCGACUCUAUAAAACCUGCUCCGGCCUCACCCCAUCCUCACUGACUCUAUAAAACCUGCUCCGGCCUCACCCCAUCCUCACUGACGCUAUAAAGCCUGUAUGCAACUCUUUCUGACUUUUUUAAAAUAAUGUCAAUUUAAUGUAGAAAUUAAACACUUGAUAUACAGUAAUUGCAAGAAAAAAUAGUUAUACUUAUAUAUAUAUAUAUGUUCACUGAAUUUAAGAUGUUUUUAAGAUGUUUUUGUAAAUAAUAGUUGACAAUUACAAUCAAUCAUAAAUCAAUAAUCUACUGUAAUGAAUUGAUCUGAAUAAAAUUGGUUUCCCUCCAACAUGCUGAGGUUGACAUCCAGA